GAGAGAGAGACGGAAUUCAUUAUCGGGAUCCGAUUCUCUUCAGAUCGAUAAAUCCAUGGCUGCAGCUGGAAACAAGAGCAUUAACGCCAAAUUGGUGUUACUUGGAGAUGUUGGAGCUGGAAAAUCAAGUCUUGUGUUACGUUUUGUCAAAGAUCAGUUUGUUGAAUUCCAGGAAUCAACCAUUGGUGCUGCUUUUUUCUCACAAACGUUAGCUAUCAACGAUGCAACUGUCAAGUUUGAGAUUUGGGAUACAGCGGGUCAGGAACGGUACCAUAGUUUGGCUCCAAUGUACUACAGAGGUGUUGCUGCUGCAAUCAUUGUCUUUGAUGUUACGAAUCAGGCCUCGUUUGAGAGGGCAAAGAAAUGGGUUCAGGAACUGCAGGCACAAGGUAACCCUAAUAUGGUCAUGGCCCUUGCUGGAAACAAAUCUGAUUUAUUAGAUGCAAGGAAGGUGACUGCAGGGCAAGACAAAUUCUUGGAUACAAUGUGGGUCUCGAGUUUGGAGACAAAUUUGUUUAUGUUCACAGUUUAUCGGUUUUACAUUCUUUUGGAAUCUUGGGUUUUAAUGUGGAAACAAAAAUAUGUUAUUAAUAUACGGUUCUUAUGGAAUUAUAAUGCGUUUUGGGGAUGGAUUUAUAUAAUUACGUUUUCUACUCCUAGAAUAGGGUUUUUAAUUUAUGAAGUAUUCAUGGUUUGUCUGGGAAAUGAAAGAAAAAUGAAUUAUAUAUCGGUCAUAGAUGCAGCCUGGAGAGCCCAGGAAAAGAGAAGUAUUGUACCUAGGGAGGGGCAAUUCUCACAAAAAUAUCGAAUUAUUUUAUGUACACAGACAUAUCAGAAACGUACAUAG